AAGAAAGUCUUGUCAACAACCCCCAACACGGAGCCAUUACCGGUUUCUACCACUCUUUCUUUCUUUCUUUUUUUCCCUUUCUUUCUUCUCUUCUCCUCUCACUCACCCUCCGUACAAAACAUCAUGUGAGAGUUUCGCUGGUUUCUAUCCUCUCCUCGCUGUCCAUACCCCAAAUUUGCAAGUGCAACCAUCUUUGUCACAGUUUCUUCACUUCACCACCUUAAACUUUUUCCUACCUCCUUGGACCCCAACAAAAAAAAAAAAAAAACACAUCACAUAAGUGCUGCUGAUGAUAGCUAUGUGUGGCCCUCAGACCUUACAACCAUUCAUUACCAAUCCCUUUGCUAUUUUAGGGUUGUGCAGCCCUUAGGGUUUUCUUGUUCCUCACUCCCAAAAUUGAGCACCACUUGCUGUUGAAGCUCUUGUUCAGCUUGCUUAAUUAGCUGAGUGGGAGGGCUUUCUGUUUCCCUGAUUUCACAGAUUAAUGGAGGAAUACACUAAUAACAAUCACUUGAGUGAAAACACUGCUCCAAGUCCAAGUCCAAGGCCUAAUUUCUUGUACUCUCCCCCCAGUGGUGGAAACCAUAGCCAUAGCCAUAACCAUCAUCAGUUUCCAAUCAACACCUUCCAUCUUCAAUCGGGUGGAUCAGAUCAUUGCUUUCAGUCUGAUCAAGUGGCACCACACCCUUCUGUGAAAACCGAAGCCAGCACUUCUCAGCUCCACGCUCCUAUUUUCCACUACCCUUUAAUGAGAGGUACCCUUCACAACAACACGACCACCACUAUGCAUCAUCAUCCCCAUCAACAAGGAGGGAGUCCUACAACCUCCACCACCGAAGUUGAAGCCAUAAAAGCUAAAAUCAUUGCUCACCCUCAGUAUUCCAAUCUUUUGGAAGCUUAUAUGGAUUGCCAAAAGAUAGGAGCUCCACCUGAAGUGGUGGCGCGUAUGGUUGCGGCAAAGCAAGAGUUUGAGGCACGGCAAAGAUCCUCAGGUGGUUCCAGGGAUACUUCAAAAGACCCUGAACUCGAUCAAUUCAUGGAAGCAUACUAUGACAUGCUUGUGAAGUAUAGAGAGGAAUUAACAAGGCCUAUUCAAGAAGCCAUGGAUUUCAUGCGAAGGAUAGAAACUCAGCUAAAUAUGCUAUGCAAUGGACCCGUCAGGAUCUUCUCUGCAGAAGAUAAAUGUGAAGGGGUUGGUUCAUCAGAUGAGGAUCAAGAGAACAGUGGAGGAGAAACAGAACUUCCAGAGAUUGAUCCUCGAGCAGAAGAUCGUGAGCUUAAAAACCACUUACUGAGAAAGUACAGUGGUUAUUUGAGUAGCCUUAAGCAAGAACUUUCCAAGAAGAAAAAGAAAGGGAAACUCCCCAAAGAUGCAAGGCAAAAGCUACUUAACUGGUGGGAAUUACAUUACAAAUGGCCAUAUCCUUCGGAAUCAGAGAAGGUAGCAUUGGCUGAAUCAACUGGUUUGGACCAAAAGCAAAUAAAUAACUGGUUCAUAAACCAAAGAAAGAGGCACUGGAAACCAUCUGAAGACAUGCAAUUUAUGGUGAUGGAUGGUCUGCAUCCCCAAAGUGCAACUCUCUACAUGGAUGGUCAUUACAUGGCAGAUGCUCACUACCGUCUAGGGCCAUGACAUCACAUGGCCAUGCUAUAUAUUUAUAUAUUAUUUUAUAUUUUUAUUAUUAUUAUUAUUAUUAUUAUUAUUAUUAUUAUUAUUAUUAUUAUUAUUAUUAUUUAAAUGCAAUGUAUGAGUUUCUGAUUAACAAAGAGACUGUGACCAAACUGGGUAGCAGUCAGCACUGUAGCUACUAGUUUCAGUGUCAAGCAUACCAUGAACAUUAAUGGUUUCUGCUUGUGAUUGUGCAGUGUGAUGAGUACUUUCAGUAGUUUGCCAUAGUGAUGUUCUACGUUCUAUUAAACAGUGAGACCUUUGCUUAUUAUAUAUUAUUUUCAGUAUAAUUAAUAUUGGCAGAGAUAAUUCAUGAGA